UCCCAGGGUGUAGUCCCUCAGCUUUCUCCCGUGAAUGCCCACCCUCCAGGGCGAGAGGGGGUGGCUUAUCCCACUCAAGAGAGGGAGGGAAAACUUUUCUGCAAACUUUCUGGAAAGUUUUUUAAAAAGUUGGGAAACUUGUGCAAAAGGGCGCAUGGUUGUGGGGGAGGACUGAGUGUGUGAGUGGAGAGAUAGACAGUCUCUCUCUCUCUCUCAUUCUGGGCAGCAGGGGGAUAAAGAGGCUGCAGUUACGGAGUUCCCAGGCCACAAUUAGCACAGCAAGACUCCAAGUUGGAGUACACCCUUCUGACUGAGUGUUAAAGCCAGAGUAAAAUCCUCCACCUCUCCCACACACUGCUGCUUCUUUCAUUUGGAGUUUGAGUUUUUGUUUCCUUCCAGCCUGGUUUGCCACAAGUCAAGAUUUUGUUUUUUUUUUGGGGGGGGGGAGCAGUCAACAUGGAUAAAUAUGAGGAUUUGGGGCUGGAGGCCAGUAAAUUCAUCGAGGAUUUGAACAUGUAUGAAGCUUCCAAGGACGGGCUGUUCCGAGUGAACAGGGAAACUUGCAAACCCGAGUUUGAGGAGACCCGGCGUGUGUUUGCCUUCAAGAUGAACAAGAUCCAUCAGCAGAGACAGCAGGAGAUGGCGAGGAUGGGGCUGGCCGCUCCUCCCGGCAGGAUGAACGGUGUCUUCCCCAGCCUGCAGCCCCCCGGUGAGUCCGAGCGAGCCGCCCGCCUACAGAAGCGCUUCAGCGGUGAUGGAGCGGCUAAGCCCCCGGUCUCCGGAGCUGCGGGCCCGGCUCCUCCCGAACCUCACCGGCUCACUCGCUACCCUCAGGACCCCAGCCUCAGGACCGGCUCUGAGGGGGAGGACCCGGGCACCAGGCACACGGCGUCCACUCGGCCCGACUACCCCCAGUCUAGCCCCCGGUCCAGUUGGAACCAGGAGACCAGGUCGGGGGUCUCCAGUCCCAGAUCCAGUGUGAUCACCAGUGAUCCAGUCCCUUAUAGCCCCACCAAGGGUGUCCCAGAUCAGACCCACUUGGGUAACCUCAAAUCUGCCCCCAGCCCCAGAUCCAGUCUGAUCUCCAGUGAUCCAAUCCCUUAUAGCCCCACUAAGGGGAUCCCAGAUCAGACCCACAUGGGUAGCCUCAAAUCCAGUCCCAGAUCCAGUGUGAUCUCCAGUGAUCCAAUCCCCUAUAGCCCCACCAAGGGGAUCCCAGAUCAGACCUACCUGGGUAAUCUCAAAUCUUCCCCCAGCCCCAGAUCCAGUGUGAUCUCCAGUGAUCCAGUCCCUUAUAGCCCCACCAAGGGGAUCCCAGAUCAGACCCACAAAGGUAGCCUCAAAUCCAGUCCCAGAUCCAGUGCGAUCUCCAGUGAUCCAGUCCCUUACAGCCCCUCCAAGGGGAUCCCAGAUCAGACCCACCUGGGUAGCCUCAAACUUGUCCCCAGUCCCAGGUCCAGCUUGUUCCAGCCCAGCCCCGCUGCCCCGGACCGAUCCCAGGAGCAGGAGGAGCCCCCGCAAUGUCUGCUGGAGUCCCGCGCGGCCACUCAGCCCGAAGGGGAUUCUGACUCGAGGGGAACUGACGGUGGCCGAGGGGGCAGACACCAGGCCAGCCCAGGCCAGAGCCAGCUUUCCCUGUUCCCGCAGGAUCCGGACUGUCAGCCAGCGCCUGGACUGCCCGAGUCCCGCCAGGAAUCUAACCCCAGGGUUCGCCUGCCCUGUCAGACCCUCCAUGUGCAGCCGUCCACUGGACCAUCCAGGGCUGAACUCAAAGUGGAAGCUCUCACCCAGCGUCUAGAGCAGGAGAUGGAUGCGAACCCUAAGGCGGAGUAUUUUGGAACAUGUGUGAAGUGUAGCAAAGCAGUUUAUGGAGCACAUCAGGCAUGUCAAGCCAUGGGGAACCUGUACCAUGACUCCUGUUUCACCUGUAGUGCCUGCAGCCGACGAUUACGGGGGAAAGCUUUCUACUUUGUCAAUGGGAGAGUCUACUGCGAAGAGGACUUUCUGUAUUCUGGUUUUCAGCAAUCCGCUGAUAAGUGCUUUGCCUGCGGCCACUUGAUAAUGGAUAUGAUUCUGCAGGCUUUGGGCAAGUCCUACCAUCCUGGAUGUUUCCGCUGUAUCAUCUGUAACGAGUGCCUGGAUGGUGUCCCUUUCACUGUAGAUACCGAGAACAAGAUCUACUGUAUCCGAGACUACCACAAAGUGUUAGCUCCAAAGUGUGCUGCGUGUGGUCAGGCCAUCCUACCAGCAGAGGGCUGCGAUGAAACCAUUCGCGUGGUCUCCAUGGAUAAAGAUUACCACGUGGAGUGCUAUCAUUGUGAAGACUGCGGCAUGGAGCUGAAUGAUGAAGAAGACCACCGUUGCUACCCCCUGGACGGACACUUGCUCUGUCACAUGUGUCACCUGAAGCACAUCGACAGCAGAACACCUGGCUCCAUCUACCAGCCCAAAUACUAGCCCCUCCUUGAAAUGGGAUCUUACUGCCCACUAGUCCGGACUGACACUGGAGAUUCAAAAACCACCCCCGACCUUCUCUCCCCCCCCCCCCAACCCCCUGAGGAGUCUGGGUAAUGACAGCCCCUCAUGUAACCUUCCUCACCCACUGAAGAUGGACAGAGACAAGAAACAUGAGCACCUUCCAGUGUGUAACAAUCCUUCAAAGGCUCGAUCGUUUACUAAAUUUGAAAAGACUGAUUGGCUGACGGUCCCCCGUGUUACAGUGUUGCCGUGU